AUGAAACAAGCUCUCUUUCUAUCUAUUCUUUUUCGUAAGAAAUUAUGCUUUUUUUCAACCUUUUUUGAUCGGAUCCCUUUUUAGCGAUCACUAUUUCAAAAAAGUACAGUCAUGACAAAGGGGCCGGCCUGAAGGCGCUGAACAAAGUGAGAGAGCAAGUGGCAGAGGAGAUGCAGAUUGCGAACAUGUACAAAAUGGUAACUUUCUUUCGUCCAAUUGGGACCAACUCAGCUCGUUUCAGUACUGGAGCGAAGAGCGCGCCGAAGCUGCUCAUAAGAGAAUCGACGAAAAGGAGGACACAUGUCCGAAAGAUUUGGGUAAGAAGGAACGGGAGAUCGUAAUGUCGUUUUACGUGAGAGAUGCCCAAAUACUCAAAAGUUUUUUGACGGAAGUGCUCAUUCCUCCAAAAAACGAAACGAAUACGACGAAGAAAGAGACGAAAGGGAAGGAGGACAAAGGAAAGUUCGAGGGGAUUGAGGAGGGAGAAGACCUCGGACAGCUCGUGAAAGUUUGGCCGACCUAUUCGGAAGUGGGAUGUGCCGAGUGUCGGAAUGGAGAGAAUGGGCCGCUCAUGAAUCUGUGUCAUUUCGGACCCGGCAAAGCGUGGAAGCGGUCUGACGUCAAGAACGGAAAUCCCGGAUCGGAGUGCGAAAAGAGGAAUGAGGUAGAGAGUGGAAUGUGCGCGGACAGCUCGAAGGACAGGAAAGAAGAACCGCGGAAAGAAGCAUUGACGUCUUCAACGUCUCUUCGGGAUCCAGUUGCCCUUUUUCUUUUUGUAUUCUCCCCAUAUACAUUCUGA